AUGAAGCCAGAGCAAGAAAGGAAGGAGAGGGAAGCUGAAGUCUCGAGGAAGAGAGAGCUAAAGAAAGCUGAGUUGGCUCAGAAAUGGUCAAAAAGAGAGGAGCAAGAUUUUGGUCGUAUCGUGUCGUACUUUGGCAUUGAAUAUGAAGAAGGAUCAAAUAAAUAUGAUUGGACACACUUUAGGCAAUUGGCUAAUCUUGGCAAGAAGACCGAUGAUCGUCUUACUCUGUACUUCCAUGACUUUAAGGAAAUGUGUCGUCGUGUCAUUAAAAGGAAGCGACCGAAGAUGGGUAAGUUGUCCAGUUAUAAAAUGUUGAAUAUUAUACCAAUUAUUGUUAUUACUAGUGAAGACGGAGGAGAAAGAGAGAACAGUGAUAGUGAGGAUGAAGGGACUGGAGAAGAGGAACAGAAAACAAAACCGUCUUUUGCCAUCAUACCAAACAACACUACACCUGUCCCUCUUGGAUGGCCUAAGGAGAAAGCUGUUGCCAUUAGAAUCAGUCGCAUCAUUUUUGCUUUCCGUAACAAAGUCUGGCCCAAACCAAUGGAAGGACUGGACCUAUUCAAUCCAGUCCCAGCACUAACUGAAGAGGACUCCUCCUCCUCACCCUCCCCAUCACCCUCUUAUGCUGACAGCGAUGAAGACAUAAACUCGGACUAUGCCAGUGAUGAGGAUUAUUCUAUUGAAGAAGAAACAGCUCCUGUUGGAGGUCAGAGGUCAAAGCUGAGGACUCAAAAGCGUCAUCAGGCUGAUAGUCCCCUCACUAUAUCUCUGAGCCCAUCUCUCAGUGCUAAGAGUUUGGUUGGGAAUUCUUCGUUGGAUGAUAGUUUGCAGACGCCAAAGUUUCAAGUUCAAAAG